AUGGAUCCAGAGACCAAAGGAACCAAAGAGGAAGAGGAAAUAGAAAGUAUAACGACACUGAAUUUAUCCUAUGAAGCUAAUCAAGAUACAAAGGAGACAAAUAUUACUACUCAAGACGUGAUGUCACACAUUGGUACUCAGGAUACAAAGGAGCCCCACAGCGCAAACAAGGAAAUAAAGGUGACAAAUAUUACUAGUCAAGACGUGAUGUCACACAUUGGUACUCAGGAUACAAAGGAGCCCCACAGCGCAAACAAGGAAAUAAAGGUGACAAAUAUUACUACUCAAGAACCAAAGAUGUCUAACACUAAUAAUGAACAGAUAGGGUUGUCACACAAUGCGUCUCAAGAUAUAAAAUUGUCCCAUACAAAUGAAGAAAAAAUAGAGUUGCCACACAAUGCUACUCUCCAGUUUUCCCGCACAAUCGAAGAGAAAACACAGCUUCCAGUCUCUGCUAAUCAAUAUUUGAAGUUGCCCAAUCCAGCAGAACAUGAAAAUCCAUUUCCCCCAGAAUCACUGCCAGACAUGAAGUUAGGGACUUUAGUGCCGCAAGCAGAUGUUCCCAUCCAGAGUCCUGUGGUAGCCUCUCACUCUGGUCGUCGUCAAUCUGAAGUCUGGAAGAAAGGAGGCCGUUUGCUUUCGGCACUGUUGGCUAUCAACAUAGGCCUUGUGGCUAGUGUUCUAGUGAGCAGUGGAUACAUGGAGCAUGUGUCAGUGGAGGACACUGCAGUGUUGGGAUUUCUGGUCAUCCUUAUGCUGCUCUCAACGUUUUGGAUGAUCUUUCAAUUUUAUUUCUCCUGCCGAAAAAAUGCUGUACUAUAUAAAGACUCACAUGCUGGACCUGUGUGGCUAAGAGGCGGACUUGUGUUCUUUGGGAUCUGCAGCCUGGUUCUAGAUGUAUUUAAGAUUGGAUAUUACAUCAGCUACAUUGAGUGUGAGUCUUCAAUCAAACUCAUCCAUCCAAUGGUGCAGAGCGCAUUUAUCAUCCUUCAGACAUAUUUCCUCUGGGUCUCCAGCAAACACUGUGUGCAGAUUCAUACCAACAUCUCCAGGUAUGGACUAAUGCUAAUACUGAUCACAAACCUUAGCAUAUGGAUGGCGGCUGUGACUGAUGAGUCUGUCCAUCAAACCUCUGACCUGGAAGAUGAUUACCCUGACCUUCAUAAUGCCUUGCAUGGAUCUGAUGACAGUAAAGGUGUUAGUGGAGUGCAUAAACACACAUGUCAAUGCAGUAAUCGUCUGUGUCAUAUCUUCCAGGAGGGCUAUUAUUACCUGUAUCCCUUUAACAUAGAGUACAGCCUCUUUGCCUCAGCCAUGACUUAUGUCAUGUGGAAGAACGUGGGCCGCGUAAUGGAUGAUCAUGUGCCACCUCAUAGCCGACUUAGCCCCUGCUUUUGUUUCAAGAGUAUCUUUGUGGGUCUCCUGCUUGGUGUAGUGGUGGUGCUCGGUGGUGUUAUCACUCUUGUUCUCUACAAGAUCAAGGUCAACAGUCCAGAACGUGCACAAAAGGCUCAUAUCAUGUUCUACUCUUUUAACAUUGUAACGCUCAGUCUAAUGUCUAUGGCCUCCCUUGCUGGUUCUAUUAUCUACAGAUUUGACAAGAGAGAUAUAGAUGUCCACAAGAAUCCUACAAGGACUUUGGAUGUGGCCCUUCUUCUUGGGGCUGCUCUAGGUCAGUACUGCAUUGCCUACUACACCAUAGUAGCAAUGGUGAGCACCACUCCUGGCAAACUGCUUAACUGCUUGAACUUGGUAUACUCUCUGCUCAUGAUUGUGCAACACACUGUGCAGAACACCUUCAUUAUUGAGGGGCUGCACAGGGAGCCCUUCAAGGAUGAAGCCUUAGAGCCAGAAAAAGGUUUGGCUUUUGCCAAUGUAGCUGUGACAUCUUCAUUGCCUGACAAUCUUUCACUAGCAUUCUCAAUGCCGGGCCCAGAUCAUGUGGUUAAUGACAAUCAGGAAACACAUCCAAAGCAAAAUCUCAAGAGAAGACUGGUUCAGGAGAUCUCCCUCUUUCUGCUCUUGUGUAAUAUCAUUCUUUGGCUCAUGCCAGCAUUUGGUGCUCGACCACAGUUGAAAAAUAAUCUGGAGUUAAAUUUCUAUGGAAUUCAGAUAUGGUCGAUAAUAACCAACAUUUGCCUUCCAUUUGGCAUCUUCUACCGCAUGCACUCAGCUGCAAGUCUCCUAGAGGUGUUUAGAAUGUCCUAG